AUGUCAAAUCAACUCAUUCAACAGCGAUUGAUCAUUCAGAAUGAGAAUUCAAACAUCAUCCCAAAGAAGACGAUGAUGAUUUCUGAAGAAAAAAAGAAAUCAAAGUUGGGUUUAGGGAAAGGAAGUCGUAAAGCACUUAAUGACAUCACAAAUAAACCCAAAAUCCAUCAACAUCAAGAAGCAUCAACUAAGAAAAAGAAUUCACAAAAAGAAAAGGAAGAGUUUAAUAUUGCAGAAGAAAGGUUUUUGCAUGACCACAAUAAGUGUAUUCAGGCACAACAAACAAUUACUGAAUCAAUGUUUUGGGACAUUGUUCUUCCAGGACAUUAUGGGAAUUUGCCAUUAGAAGCUCAUUUGUCCGAUCCUUUAAAGGUUCUCAAUAUCUUCUGUUGGAAAACAAUUAUGCGAAGGUUUAAUAUUGACCAUUAUACCCCUGUGGAGUUGGAAAUGUCAGAAUUCUGUGAUUGGAUGGAGUUGGGACCUCCAUCGGAAUCUCCAUUGCAUUUGGAAUCUACUCCAUGCUCUCCUUGUGCUUGGGAUUUUGAAGAGGUUGAAUUCUUUUUGAAGCCGGAAAUUGAUAUUUAAAACAGCCAAAACCAUUAUUUCAUUAUAUAUGAUUAUUUAGAGAAUAUUAAUAUAGUUGUAUGUACUUUUGUUGCCCAAAUUACUUCAGCACCAGUUUGCAAAGUACACUAACGAGAAUUAUGUAAAUGUUUGUGGAUCAGUUGCACACAACAACAAACGGAUUUUGUAUAUUUUACAAAACAAAUCAUUAUUUCCUUA